UCAAGAUGACCUCUCUCUCUAUUGGCUGCCUCAGUGGAAACUCUGAUACAAUGCACACCAUUUUAUUAAGCCGCCCAGCCACAACCUGUGUCGAUUCCCAAAGCUGAGGUUCACUGCAAAGGUUCAGAACUGCCAGAAGGAACGAUAUUCACAGGCUUCCCCUUUAAAAUUGCUUUGUAUAAAUAAUAAUGUGCAGAUAAAUGUUGAUGAUUAAUUUGUUUCCCACCCAUCAAAAAACAUUUUCAAUGUUAGUUGUGAGAAAGUGUGUCAAAACUUGAUUUAAAGUGCAAUCAGGAAACAACGGCCCUACUCUCAGAAAUUAACUGUUUAACAGCCACGUUCAAACAUGGCUGCCACCAUGGAAGUGGCAGACGUCGCCGUCGUGGCAAUCUACUUCAUCCUGGUGCUUGCGAUUGGCUUCCUGGCCAUGUGGAAAGCCAAUCGCAGCACAGUUAGCGGUUACUUCCUCGCAGGGCGCUCCAUGAAUUGGGCGGCUAUCGGAGCGUCUCUGUUUGUCAGCAACAUAGGAAGUGAGCAUUUUAUUGGACUUGCUGGAUCCGGCGCUGCUAGUGGGUUAAGCGUUGCUGCAUGGGAGUUAAAUGCCCUGUUAUUGCUCCAAUUGUUAGGCUGGAUGUUCAUCCCUGUCUAUAUUCAGUCAGGGGUUUACACCAUGCCAGAGUAUCUGUCCAAACGCUACGGAGGGAGACGACUGAAGGUGUAUUUUGCAGUGUUGUCUCUCGUCCUCUACAUCUUCACCAAGCUGUCCGUUGACCUCUAUGCCGGAGCCUUGUUUAUCCAGGAAUCACUGGGGUGGAACCUCUACUUGUCAAUCAUCCUGCUCAUCACCAUGACCGCUUUUCUGACGGUCACUGGAGGUUUGGUCGCCGUCAUCUACACAGAUACAGUCCAGGCUUUCCUCAUGAUCAGCGGAGCACUGUGUCUCACCGGCAUCAGCCUCGUCAAAGUGGGAGGACUUGAAGGGGUAAGAAUCAAGUACAUGCAGGCGUCACCAAACAUCACUGCCAUCUUGCUGUCUUCACCCAAUCUGACGUAUUCUGAAUCCUGCCACCAACACCUCAACCCAAAACCAGAUGCGUUGAAGAUCCUUCGAGGACCAAGGGAUCCAGACCUGCCCUGGCCUGGUUUUUUGCUGGGCCAGACUCCUGCCUCCAUUUGGUACUGGUGUACAGAUCAAGUGAUUGUACAGCGGGUUCUGGCAGCCAAGAACAUCGCCCACGCCAAAGGUUCGACCAUCAUGGCCGGCUUCCUGAAAAUCCUGCCGAUGUUUGUCAUCGUCAUCCCAGGGAUGAUUUCCAGGAUCUUCUUUGCUGAUGAGUUGGCGUGUAUCAGUCCAGAGCACUGCAUGGAAGUGUGUGGCUCUGCAGCUGGCUGUAGCAACGUGGCUUACCCGCGGCUCGUCAUGUCCGUGAUGCCGGUCGGCCUCCGCGGCCUGAUGAUGGCUGUCAUGAUCGCAGCUCUAAUGAGCGACUUGGACUCCAUCUUCAACUCAGCGAGCACCAUAUUCACGCUGGAUAUUUACAAGAUGCUACGGAAGAAGGUGUCCUCAAGAGAGCUGGUGAUAGUUGGAAGACUGUUUGUGGUUGUCAUGGUGAUCAUCAGCAUUGCGUGGGUACCCGUCAUCAUUGAGAUGCAGGGAGGCCAGAUGUUCUAUUACAUCCAAGAAGUAUCAGAUUACCUGACUCCACCUGUAGCUGCUAUCUUCUUGCUUGGAGUCCUGUGGCGUCGCUGCAAUGAGACAGGGGCCUUCUGGGGUGGGAUGGUGGGGUUCACCAUUGGAGCGCUGCGUCUGGUGCUCGCACUUGUUUACCGUGAGCCACUCUGUGACCAGCCCGACGAGCGGCCAUCUUUCAUCAAAGAUGUCCAUUUCAUGUAUGUGGCGGUCAUCUUGUUUUGGUUGUCAGCUUUAGUCGCUAUUGUUGUGAGUCUCUGCACUGCUCCACCCACAAAAGAACAAAUCAGAACAACGACUCUGUGGGGGUUGAACAAGAGAAAGAAGCUAAAACAGAAAGAAAAGGCGGAAGAAGACAUGCACACUUUGAAGCCUCUUUACCAUGGAAACCUAAAUGGAGACAGUGUUCUUCGUAAAGCAAAUUGCACAGACCACCUAAACAAGCACAAUGGCAUUGAAACCAAUCAUGAAAAUGCUGAAUCAUUUACUGUCCAGUCAAUCCAGAAUGCUUGCUUUACAGUGAAUACAGACCCCAAAAUGGCAGAAGGAGACGGAAGAGGAGGGAGGAAUGAGGAGGAGGAAGAGGGGGGCUGCUUUGAGGCAGGAGGAGCGGAGACAAGGAGGUACAUGAAGGUUUUAGAGUGGGUGUGUGGCUUCAAGGAGAAAGCGUCCGGAGAUCAGGUCAUUACAACUGAGGAACAGGAGAGGAUGGUAGAUGAGCUUCUCCAUGAACCUCAGCGAAUCAGAAUCAUCCUGAACAUAGGGAUGGUGCUUAUUUGCUCUGUGGGGAUUUUUUUCUUUAUCUAUUUCUCCUUAUAGGCUCCAUUAACUCCAAAUCAUGGGCCUGGGUAAUGAAUUACUUUCACACAUUAGCAAAACACCCAGGGAAGCUGGAGCACCCCACUAUCUGCUGUGAUCUAUCAUGUACUUCAUCAACAUUAGUAAACACAUUAUCAUUCCUUAGCAAUAAACGAUAUGUGUGUCUUCCAGCGAAGUGUAAGCUGUCUUCUGAGGUAGAUGUAACCUAGGGGGCUCUGGAACAUGUCCAGUGCUUUGCUUACUGGCAGCUGCUCAGCCAAUGAUGUUUCACAACCAGAGUUUGGUGCUUGAGUUUAUUCACAUAACAUACUGGGGUAUUUUCCCCUUAAAGUUCAAUUAUGCUCAAUCUUAGACAUGUGCAUGGAAAGGGUACGAGCCUUACAUCCUAACAACUAAUGCUAAUAACCUUGAAUAUUUCUGGCCACGUUUUACAGUUUUGUGCAGGGAAUUUGUGAACGCACUACAUUUUGAUUUAAAAUCUCACUUCAUUGGAUGUGCAAUGACACCACAGGGUGCUGUAUGCUCACGUUAGCAUGCAAAUGCUUUUCAUGAUAUGGACAUUCGUAGUGAAUGUAACUUUGCCUUAAAUUUGAUUUUACUGGGCAUGUAUAACUCAACCCUAUUGUGUUUUAUAAAUCUUUUUUUCAUGUUUUGUACCUGAAAGAGCAGUAAUUUUCAACUCUAUAUAUAAGGUUAGAGAUAAUACCUUGUUAUUACAGCACAUGAAUGAUGUAUUGUACAUUUGUUACUGUUCAAACUGUUGAAAGGUGAUGCAAUGUUUCCUGAGCUGCACAAAUAAGCAUUUAAUGUGAUCUUGUCCUUGUUUUUUCUACUCUUUGUACAACUCGAACACUGCCUUCAACUCAAAUACCUUUUAGUGAAUGAACGAAAACUAUAAAAUCACCUCAGUGACGGUUCAGGAUGAACUCUAUGAAAACAGGCGGAGGAAAUACACUACAAAAAGGUGAUACUAAUAUAGU